AUGCGCGUUAAAGAGCCCACCACACCUUUCGAAAACGACGACAAGCUGAAGGUGGACGACCUGACCCUCCUCCGGACACUGGUCAUCAUCGGCGUGGUCUUCUUCAUCUGCUGGAGUCAGUACGUCAUCGUCGUGCUGGCAGACUUCGAGGACCACUGGCCAAUGGGAGUUCACAUGACCGCCCUCGUCACCGCUCAUUCCAGCUCCUCGACUAACUGCAUCAUCCUGGGCGUGACCAACCCGAAAUUUCGUGAGAAGUACCUCCUGGUCCUGAAGCCCAAGGGAUGCUCCAGCACUGCCCCACCCGCCUCCCGGGACCAGACUACCCUCCCGCGCUCAAGGAACAGCGCCAGCGCCAAGGUGGAACAAGACAGCACGGCUCUUGAUAAGGGUACACAGGAAAAUGUUUAGAGGCAUCCGGGGCAUGCAAUUUCAGGGUGACAAAACAUAAUGUAUUCUGGAUGAGGAAAGCGAUCGUAAGGCUGUAAUAAAUGCCCCCGCCCCUGAGGCGUAGCCA